AGGGUAUUCGUUUAAACGUGUAAUGUUACCCAUCGCAUAAAUUUAUGCAAAUACGCAGUGUGUUACAUGAACGCACUUCAAAUUCUUUGUGUAAAUGCCACUUAUUUAUGUAUUAAACAGCUGUUUGGGUGUCAAAAUAUUAAAAUGCCGAAAGUUAGCGAAAAAGCAAAAUUUAUUCAACUUUGCGAAAAAUCACUAGUAUUUGAUUUGUUAAUGUUGGAGCUGUUUGGAAAACAUGACGAAAUCCAACGCAAAAAGGAAGAUGAAAUUAUGGAAGACUUUAGCUUUGCAUUGGCAGCUGCUGCAUAUUUUAGAUAUGGAUCUACAUUUGUUCAUCAUUCUGUCCCAAAAUCACCCAACUUUUUAAUAGAUGUAUUACCGCAUUUGGAUGAAAACAGGUUUCGAGAAAUUGUGCGAGUCAGCAAAACCACAUUUGAUUUUAUCAUUGAUCUGAUAAAGGAUGACGAAGUGUUCAAUGGUCCACGUUCAUGUAAACAGUUUCCUAUCCAAAUUCAAUUGGCUGUAGUAAUGUACCGACUGGGUUCAUGUGGAGAAGGAGCAACAAUUACUAAAAUUGCUAGUUUGUUUGGUAUUAGCGAUGGUGGAGUAAUACAGGUCAUGACCAACAGGGUAUUUGAUGCAAUUAUUAAAAGGAAAACUCAGUUUCUGUUUUGGCCGGACCCUGUAGAGCGUAGAGCUUUAGUUGUUCAAACACUCAGUGAGCUACCACAUUGUGUUGGCUACGUAGAUGGAACGGAGAUAAAAUUGGCGGAAAAACCCACUGUAGAUUGCGAAGCAUAUUUUUCUCGCAAGCAUAUAUAUUCACUUAAGGCUCAAUGUGUGUGUGACCACAAACUAGUAAUUCGUCAUAUGGUAUUGGGGUAUCCCGGUAGUGUUCACGACGCUAGGAUAUACAACAAUUGCGAGCUAUCCACAAACGCCACUGAAAUGCUAACAGGAUCAGAGUGGUUAGCUGCAGACAGUGCAUAUAAAUUAACUUCGACCCUUAUUACUCCUUUUAGAAUAAACGCAACGGAAGGCACCUUGAAUCAACGAAUUCUGUUCAACAGAACGUUCAGCCAGUACCGAAUAAGAAUUGAGCAUUGCUUUGGUUUAUUGAAAGAACGUUUUAAUAGCUUGAAAGAACUCAAAAUUCAAAUAAAGAGUGAUAAUUCGGUAAAGUUUGCAUGCCGGUGGAUAUUAGUUUGUGCGAUAUUGCACAAUAUUAUAUUAAAAAAAACGACGGUGGUUUUGAUGUUGACGAAGAAAGCAUUAGUGAAAACAGUGAAGUCGACGAGCCUGGGGAUCAAAACUUACCAACAGUUGAAGGUGCAUCUAAGCGCCUUUCAUUGUUAUCACUAA